GAAGAGAGAAUAGCUACAGAUUCUCCAUCCUCAGUCUUUGCAAGGGGACGGCUGUGCCAGCCAGCUCGGGUAGGCUCCUGGCAGCAUGGCAGUGAAGCUUGGGGCCCUCCUGCUGGUCCUUGCCCUCGGCCUGGCCCAGCCAGCCUCUGCCCACCGGAAGCUCCUGGUGUUUCUGCUGGAUGGUUUUCGCUCAGACUACAUCAGUGAUGAGGCCCUGGAAUCCUUGCCUGGUUUCAAAGAGAUUGUGAGCAGGGGAGUGAAAGUGGAUUACUUGACCCCAGACUUCCCCAGUCUGUCUUACCCCAAUUACUACACCCUCAUGACCGGUAGACACUGUGAGGUCCAUCAGAUGAUCGGGAACUACAUGUGGGACCCCAACACCAACAAGUCAUUUGACAUCGGUGUCAACAAAGACAGCCUGAUGCCUCUCUGGUGGAAUGGAUCAGAACCUCUGUGGGUCACUCUGACCAAGGCCAAGAGGAAGGUCUAUAUGUACUACUGGCCAGGCUGCGAGGUUGAGAUUCUUGGUGUCAGACCCACUUACUGCCUGGAAUAUAAAAAUGUCCCGACGGAUAUCAACUUUGCCAAUGCAGUCAGCGACGCUCUUGACUCCUUCAAGAGUGGCCGGGCCGACCUGGCAGCCAUAUACCACGAGCGCAUCGACGUGGAAGGCCACCACUAUGGCCCCUCGUCCCCUCAGAGGAAAGACGCCCUGAAGGCUGUGGACACCGUCUUCAAGUACAUGACCCAGUGGAUCCAGGAGCGGGAGCUGCAGGACAAGCUCAAUGUCAUCAUCUUCUCAGACCACGGGAUGACGGACAUCUUCUGGAUGGACAAAGUGAUUGAGCUGAACAAGUACAUCAGCCUGGACGACCUGCAGCAAGUGAAGGACCGAGGGCCCGUUGUGAGCCUUUGGCCGGCCCCCGGGAAACACUCUGAGAUGUACACCAAGCUGAGAGCAGUCGGACACAUGGCUGUCUACGAGAAGGAAGCCAUCCCUGACAGGUUCUACUACAAGAAGGGGAAAUUUGUGGCUCCUCUGACCUUAGUGGCCGAUGAAGGAUGGUUCAUAACUGAGAGGCGAGAUCUGCUUCCGUUCUGGAUGAACAGCACUGGCAAGAGGGAAGGCUGGCAGCGUGGAUGGCACGGGUAUGACAAUGAGCUCAUGGACAUGAGGGGCAUCUUCCUGGCCUUUGGACCCGAUUUCAAAUCCAACUUCAGAGCGGCUCCAAUCCGAUCCGUGGACGUCUACAACGUCAUGUGCUGCGUGGCUGGCAUCGCCCCGCUGCCCAAUAACGGGUCCUGGUCCAGGGUGAUGUGCAUGCUGAAGGGCCCGGCCAGCUCGGCCCCGGCGGUCCCGCCUCGCAGUCUGGCACUGGCGUUGACACUCCUCCUGCUGCUUCAGUAGCUGCUCCUCUGUCCCAAACACAGCCGAGUGGGCCUCCAGGGGGAAAGGUUUCGUUUUCUAUUUGAAUAAUAGCUUCAUUAACACGACCAAGGCCACACAAAUUGUAAAUAUAUUAUUCUUGGAUAAUUCUAUAAAAUUCCCUACUUCUUAAAAAAAAAAUCUGAACUUUAUUUUUUCUGAGGGUCAGGAAAAUCUUGCUCUUAAUGUGUUCGACUGUAUGUCAUUUUCUCCUUUCUUUUCAUGUAGCAACUCAGACGAACUGUCUGUAGCCAACAGACUUUGACAGUCCUGGGCCACAUUCUGCACAGAGCAGCCCCUCAGCUGUGCCCUGUGCACACCCAGGAGCCACCUCAGGACUUGUGGUCACAGUCCCACACUGCGCCUCCCAUCCCAGAAAGAGGAGGUUCCACAUGACAGCUGUAGCUGCCAUCUGUCUCUGACCCAGCUCAUGGAGUUUUUCCAUCUUCUACAGAGACCCAGAAAGGGUGUAUCUUAGCUUGGGUCACCCAUCAAUCAAAAUCACUAAGGAUUCGAGAACUCAGAAUAAGGUGACAGGCAUGAGCUCCCUCCCAACGUGGGGAUGCACAAAAGUGUCCCGCUGGCCUUGACGAGCAGAACAGCUGACCAUAGACCCGGGCUUCUGUGUGACAUGUCC